CCGUAAACCGAGCUGUUUCCUGAACGCAUGGGACAGAGCUGGGGCAGCGUGUGUGUGUGUGUCUGAAUAAUGGAGGCUAAAUCACAAAAACCCUUCUCGCCUAAAGGUGGAAAGAAGCUUACACAGAAAGGAAAAGAUUCCAUAGGGACCAAACUUGGCGGAAAGCCGGGCGGUAAAAAACCCUUCAAACCGUACAACACGGAGAGGAAGAGCAGACCGGGGAAGGGUGGAGAUGGCGGCAAGAAACAACACAAAUUUGCUUUCUCUAAAGCCGGGAACGGGCCGCAGAAGAGGAAACUGCCCUUUAAAGCGAAAAGGGAAGAAGAUGAGGGUGAAGGUCCGGUGGCUAAGAAGAUGAAGAAAGGCGAGUUUAAGCCGAAGACAAAGGAGAUGACGAAGGAGGAGCUGAAGAAGAACAGGCAGCAGAGGAAGAAGGACCUAAAGAAGAACAGGCAGCAGGCGGAGAGGAAGGACAUGUUCGAGAUCAUCUGUCAGGCAAAACGAGUGUGGGGAGACCUCAGGAGGAAAAACUGCGACAAUGACUUGAAGAAGAAACUGAUGAAGGAGCUUCACGAUCUGAUUCGCGGGAAGAUCAAACAGAUGGCGUUUGCUCACGACUCGGUGCGAGUGCUGCAGUGUUUCAUCCAGUUCGGCAACCACGAGCAGAGACAGGAAGCGUUUGAGGAGCUCAAAGAUGACAUCAUCGGUUUGUGUAAAUCACAGUACGGCAAACACGUGGUGAAAAAAAUGCUGAUGUACGGGAACAAGGAGCUGAUGGCGGCCGUGAUGCAAACAUUUAAAGGUCACGUGCGGCCAAUGCUCCGGCACGCCGCCGCCUCGUCCAUCAUUGAGUACGCCUACAACGACAAAGCCGUGCUCGCACAGAGGCUCAUGCUCACUGAGGAGCUGUACGGAAACACCUUCACUGUCUGCAAGUCGACAGUGUGUAACACCAUCGAGAAAGUUGCAGAGGGAAACCCGGACAAAUUGAACAACAUCAUCGACGAGAUGAAGCAGAUUCUCACGCCUAUGGCCCAGAAAGAACAAGUGAUCAAACACUCUCUGGUCCACAAAGUGUUUCUGGACUUCUUCCUGUUCGCGCCCGACAAACAGAGAACGGAGAUGAUCGAGUCCAUCAGGGAGUCGGUCGUCUACAUGGCUCACACACACGACGGAGCACGAGUGGCAAUGCAGUGUCUGUGGCACGGGACGGCCAAGGACAGAAAAGUCAUAAUCAAAACUAUGAAGACGUACAUGGUGAAGUUUGCCACGGGGGAGUUUGGUCACCUGGUUCUUCUGGCCAUGUUCGACUCUGUGGACGACACCAAGCUGGUCAAACAGGCCGUGCUCUCGGAAAUCUUGGCGUCUCUGGAUGAGGUCAUCGGUAAUAAAUAUGGCAAGAAGGUUUUGUUGUACCUGCUGAGCCCCAGAGACCAUGCUCACCUGCUGCCGGAGAUCAUCAAGGUGCUGGAGCAAGGAGAUGGAAACGUACACAGUAAAAAGGACAUGGCGAUUCGGAGGAAGGAGCUGCUGGAAGUCGUCUCCCCCCCGCUGCUGGAGUAUCUUCGCGACAACGCCGCCACCAUGGUGACGGACAAGGCGAGCAGCGUCACCGUCAGCGACAUCCUGGCGUCGGCCUGCGGGGACCUGCAGCCCGCCAUGACUGCUGUGGCUAAGCUGGCCAAUCAGGAGUUAGUGCCAGGAGGGAUCAAGGGACAGCUUCAUAUGGCGGAGCAUCCAGCAGGACACCUGGUGCUGAAGUGGCUCAUAGAGCAGGACAUGACACUGGCAGAGGCCGGCAAAGAAGAGCGCUUCGGCAGGAUACUGGUGGACACAGUGGGAACAGACAACCUGAAGAGCUGGGUCAAAGUCAACAGAGGAGCCAUGGUGCUCUGCAGCCUCCUGAACAGCUAUGACAAGUCCGUGGCCGCGGAGGUGAAGGCGGCGCUGGAGUCCAUCAAGUCGGAGCUCAGCAGCAUCAGCAACAACAAAGGAGCUGAAAUCCUGCUGGAGCAUCUGAACAAAUAGAGACUUUUUAUUUCAAACAAACUGGUGAUGUGAAACGCAUCACUUCCUGUGCAGCAGUCCUUUCUUUUUCCAGAAAACGAAUACAAGGAUGGGAGUUGUUUGCAAAUGGCAACGUUUUCAGGAAGUGGAUACAACCUGGAAUACUGCUGCGUGGUUUCAGCCCUUGAUGGGAAAAUGGAGAAGAGUUUGGAAAUGGAAAUAAAAGUGUUUGGAGGACAAAGUGAUGCUAAGAGGAAACGGGUUAAAAUACACAGAUUCAUUCACCAGUUUUACAACACAUGAACAGAAAACAACGUACAUCUUUUUAAUUCUGUACUAGAACAACUGUUCUCUCCAGUCACUUCUAUAUUUAUACUUUAUUCAAUAACUGUUAAGCUACUGUCAAUUAAACAUUUUUCACAUUAAAAGCUCUCCUGGCAAAAGAACUGCACCCUUUGAGUUGCUGAAUGCUUUUAAAGUGAAACAUUUGCAGGAAGUGUUGAGCUUUAUUGACCGUAGCUUAAAACUGCAAAGUAAAUAAAUAAACAACUGACGAGUGAGUGAACAGUAUUUCUGUCAGAGAAACUCGGAGCGGCCGGUGGGUGAUUGAGAUAUGAUUCUGUUGGUUUACUGUUGGAGUCAGCGUCACAAGACAACACGUAAACAUGGAUGAAGUGUUGAGUUUGCAUUGACACCAAAUAAAAACAGAGCAGGUCAUUAUCCAGGGAGAGUUCUUCCUAAAAUAUAAUCCUGGUGCUCUUUGCAGUUGAAAAUUGAAUCAACUAUUUGACAUUUAUUGGUAUACAGAGUCCGUUUGCCGUCCUCUUGUGCUUUCUAUCGUGCAGAUAGUUUUGGUUUUAUUUGUCCAGGUUUUAAGAUGUAUAGAUAGAUUUCUGCUUGAGGUGAAUGGAGUUUUAAUUUUGGUGCUCAAAGCACUGCAGUUGAACCGUUCACCCAUGAUAUUUAUUUUACAGGAGCGGUGUCUCUGUUGCUCAGUACACAACAGACACAUAUCUCAAAAUCUGGACAAAUACAACUAAAACCAUCUGGCUGUACAACCUGAAGGUCUUUUGGUCAUUUGCAAGAAGUGGCCCUAAACUAACAAACAGUCCACUAUCCUGAUUGUUUGUGCCAUCCUCUGUUUCAGAUUUUUAUGUAAGAUUUUGUACCUUGAGUGAUUAAUAAUUGUAUUGGCUAAAAAGAAAAUGUUUGCAAAAUAAAGAUUAUUAAGGUACUUGA